AUGUUGCAGCCUUCCUGCUAUAAAAGCACAGCCCAGCCCAGCCCUUGCUACCUUAUUGAUUUGGUGGUGCCAUUGACCAUGGGGAGCAGGCGGGGAGCGGAUGUCAGAAGUUUCCCAAGUUGGUCCCAGGCAGGCAUGAGUAACACCUACAGGUCACUUUCUCUCUUCUUUGCCCUUGUGGCUUGGGUCAGCUCAACUGACGUCCCUAGGUUGGUGGAUCCUGACUUCCCAGGCACUAUCAUUUGCAGUGAAGAGGGAAUGACAGUGGAAUUUCCAAGAGAUCUUGACACUAGGAAAUGGCACCCAUCUGUGGUGGAUUCCCUUGGUCUUGAAAUACCAAACUGCACUUAUGUCCUGGACCCAGAAAAGCUCACUGUGAGGGCUCCAUAUGAGAUCUGCACCAGGAGAGUGCAAGGUGAGUACCAGAUGACCAUCAGACUCGGGGACACACGUGAUGCUGUAAGACGUGGGGCUGUCCUGUAUCAGAUUGGCUGUCCAGCUAUGCAAGCAGAAGAGGCUCAGACCAGAGGGUUUUCAGGAUCUACAAGCUGCACGAAGGACUUUAUGUCUCUUUCCUUUCCACAGAUUAUCCCUGGCUUUGAUGAUGAGUCUAUGGAGCAAGAACCUCAGAUGGGAUGGAUCCUUGAGGUUGGUGAUAGCCCAAGAUUCCAAGCCCUGACCCUUCAGGAGGCCAUGGAACAAGGAUACACUUUCCUGAUCGAUGGCCACAAGAUAAUCUUACAAGUGUCAUUCAAUGCCACUGGAGUGACUCAUUAUGAGCAAGAGAACAUUCGUCUCUACACUGUGCCUCUGAGGCUUACCUUUGGAUCUCCUGGGCAGAAGAUCACCCUCUCAUCACGAAUGAUUUGUGUGCCAGAGCCCGUGACCUGCAAUGCCACACACAUGAGCCUCACCAUACCAGAGUUUCCCGGGAAGUUAAAGGCACUGAGCUUUGAAAACAGGAACAUUGCUGUGAGCCAUUUGCAAGACAGUGGUAUUGAUAAGAAAGCAACACUUGGCUUGAAACUGCAUUUCAGCAAAGCUCUUCUCAAAGCCAAAUUCUCUGAAAAAUGCGUAUCCUAUCAGUUCUACUUAUCUUCACUCAAGCUGACUUUUCUUUUUCAUCUGGAGAAGGUAUCCAUGGUGGUUUAUCCCGAGUGUCUCUGUGAGUCACCAGUUUCUGUAGUUACAGGUGGGCUGUGUAUGCAGGAUGGAUUCAUGGACUUUGAGGUCUACACCCACCAAACAAAACCAUCUCUCAACUUGGAUACCCUCAAAGUAGGAGACUCAACCUGUCAGCCAGUAUUCAAGGAUCAGUCUCAAGGGCUAGCACGGUUUCACAUACCCUUGAAUGGAUGUGGAACAAGACAUGAGUUCCAAGAUGACAAAACCAUCUAUGAAAAUGAGAUACGUGCACUUUGGGUGGAUCUUCCUCCAAGCAAAAUUUCCAGAGAUAGUGAAUUCAGGAUGACUGUGAAAUGCCAUUACAGCAGUGGUGACAUGCUAAUAAAUACCAAUGUGGAAAGUCUUCCUCCUCCAGUGGCCUCAGUGAAGCCUGGCCCACUUGCUUUGACCCUGCAAACCUACUCAAAUGCCUCUUACCUACAACCUUAUGGGGAAAAGGAGUACCCUGUGGUGAGAUACCUCCGCCAACCAAUUUAUCUGGAAGUGAGAGUCCUAAACAGGAACGACCCUAACAUCAAGCUGGUCUUAGAUGAUUGUUGGGCAACAGCUGCCAUGGACCCAGCCUCUCUUCCUCAGUGGAGUAUUGUUGUGGAUGGCUGUGAAUAUGACCUGGACAACUACCAAACAACCUUCCAUCCAGUUGGCUCCUCUGUGACUUAUCCUGAUCACUACCAGAGGUUUGAAGUGAAGACCUUUGCCUUUGUAUCAGGGACCCAAGCAUCCUCUGAUCUGGUCUACUUCCACUGCAGUGCCCUAAUCUGCAAUCGCCUUGCUCCUGAUUCCCCGCUGUGUUCUGGGAUUUGCCCUGUGCCAUCUAGGACAAGAAGAGCCACAGGGCCUGCUGAAGAAGGGAAAACGACAGUAAGCCUCCCAGGACCCAUCCUUUUGUUGUCAGAUGGUUCUACCUUCAGAGGCCUUGGGGACUCCAAAGGACUCGGGAGUGCUGAAGACAUGGCUUUUACAGUAAUGGUUUCUGUGGCUGCCUUAGUAGGUGUCCUGGCAACUCUAGGCCUCUUCAGUUAUCUGCACAAGAAAAGAAUUAUGUUAAAUCACUAA